CACACAGUGACCCCACACAAACUGAAUCCCAGACACGUUCUCCUCAAUUCCACGCCUUUGUACAAACCGAAGGAAUAGCAUCACCUAGAACACAACUACCAUGAUUAUGAUAUGAACCCGAAGACUUUUUGGGCUCCCCCAAAUUAUUUCCCCCUUUUUUUUUUUCAAUUAAUUUAAUUAAAAAUUAAUAUUUUGUGACGCUGAUUCUGUGAUGAUAAUCGGGUCGUCGUCUUCCUCCUCUACCUGUAUUUGACUUGGCUUAUUACUCGGCAGGUACAACUCCCUUUAUUCUCCUCCCCCUUAUAAUUCUUUUUUCACACGCAUUUGCACACAUACAUACGCGCACGCAAGUACAUAAGAGCUAAGGGGGCGUGUAUUCCAGUUGAGGGGGUUUUUUUCGUUUUUGAUCAUAAAAAUUCGGUCUUUACUGUUUUGAUUCAAUUAAGGAUGUGUUGGUUUAAGAAAUCAGUUGUUGAGGUUGUUUUGUUGCUGAUUGUGGUUGGGUGCUGGGUUAACGUUGAUGUCUGCGAAGCCUUUGGGACGUUCGGGUUCGACAUCCACCAUAGGUAUUCGGACAAGGUGAAGGAGUUCUUGGACGUCGAUGGGUUGCCGGAGAAAGGCAGCCUCGGCUACUACGCCGCCAUGGCCCACCGUGACCAGCUCUUCAAGGCCCGCCGGCUGACCACCGCCAACUCAACCUCCAUCCUCACUUUCUACGGCGGCAACCAGACUUUCCGCAUCGCUUCUCUUGGAUUCUUGCAUUAUGCAGUUGUUGCUGUGGGUACCCCACCCUUAGCAUAUCUUGUGGCACUCGACACGGGCAGUGAUCUAUUUUGCCCAAGCAAUUCUUCAAGUAGCAACCCUGUUCCAUGCAAUAGCACAAUUUGUGAAAGGAGAAGGAGAAGAGGAUGUUCAACGAGCCGAAAUGCGUGUUCUUACCAAGAAAUAUACCUCUCAAACAACACCUCAACAGCAGGGAUAUUGGUGGAUGAUGUUUUGCAUUUGGGCACCGAUUCUUCUCAACAAAACAUUGUUGAAGCUCCUAUUACGUUAGGGUGUGGAACAACUCAAACAGGUGAUUUCUUGGAUGGUGCUGCUGUUAAUGGUCUGUUUGGACUUGGUAUGGACAGUAUAUCUGUCCCGAGCAUCUUAGCCAGUCGAGGACUCACAGCAAAUUCUUUCUCAAUGUGUUUCGGGUCCGAUGGAAUAGGAAGGAUUAAUUUCGGGGACAAAGGGAGUCCAGACCAGAGAGUAACUUCAUUUAAUCUUGGACAACAAAACCCGACUUAUAAUAUAACCGUGACACAAAUAGCCGUGGAGAAUAAUGUCACGGAUCUUGAAUUCACAGCUGUCUUUGACUCGGGAACCUCGUUUACGUACUUGAACAACCCAGCUUACUCUGUUAUUGCAGAAAGUUUCAGCACAAGGAAGCUACAACAUUCCGAGCUUGAACUUGACAAUGAGAGGUGGAAGCCAAUUUUCUGCUCUUGCACCAACUGUUGUAAUUCCCCGCCAGGCUACGAUUCAGUCUCAUCUAACACUCUACCCGUAAACAAUACCAAUAACUCGACUAUUGCCCCUUCGCCUUCGGCCUUGGAACCUGAAGCUACGCCUGCAAACAGAAGCCAAUCGCCUGUCCCGAGCAUUUCACGGCCAGCUCAGCCUCUGCCGCCACCAUCACCGCCUGCCACAUCACUUUCCGGUGGUGGUGCCGCCCGUUUGAAUGGUUUGGUGAAAAUCGUACUUUCGAUUUGUCUCUGCAGCUUCAUUUUUCUCUGUUUAUGAUUUUUUUCUUUUUAACAUUAACUUGUGCCUGAAUUGAGUCAUCAGUUGAAAAAUUAAUUAACAAAGGCUUUGUUAUUACUUUAUUGUUUUGAUUUUUGAUAUCUUUUUUCUAGUUUAUAUUUGUUCAAUAUACAUACAUAGAUGGUCUGAAAUAUACAUAUAUAUAUAUGUACAUGUGCAUAUGAUUGAACUUGAAUGUUUUAGUAGAGCACCCUUUGUAUUGAGGAUGUUGAUAUAGUAGCAUUUUGGAGCCUCUUUGUACCUAAACAUUGUUUGUUAUAGAGUUAAAAUUGUUCUUAUAAAUAUA